AUGAAUCUAGGAGUAAACACCACGAAAAAUAACGUUUUCGAAAAAUACAGAUCCACCAGCGAAGCAGUUAUCAUUUUCAAAGAAAUUGGAGGAAAGUCCUUAGAAAUGUCAAUCAGGGCAAGAACUGCUAGAAUUUUGAGUGCUGCUGCUAAAGUAGUUGCAACGGAAUUGCAACUUGCUGAGCCAGUUUGUGGAAUCCAAAAUGAUUUGACAUCUGUAAAUAGUGCUAGUCCUCAUUAUAAUGCAGAAAACUUGUCCGAAAGUGAUAGAUCUUUAAAUGAUUCUCAAAUUAAUGCUGCGAAUUGUGCUGCAUCUCAGAAUUAUACCUCACUAAAUACUGAGUCCACACACAUUGACGGAAUCCAAAUCCAACAAAAUUUAACAUCGAUACCUGUCAGUAAUUCUGGCCCUAAUAAUAAUCCUGAAACUUUGACCGAAAAUAAUGGAUUAAAUGAUAACUCCGAGGAUAACCCUGAGGUAAAUGCUGAAUCUGAAUUUUGUCCUACACCUCAGAACUAUACGCCAUUAAAUAAUGAAUCGAAUGAAUACAUUUCAUUAUCAAUCAAACAUCAAAAAUUUCAUGAAGCUCCUGAUACCUUAACUUCAAAUUUACGCACUCCAAGAACGUCUGAGACUAACAUCUUAAAAACUAUGACUGCAAACCCAAAUGAAAGUGAAACUGAAAGCGAAGAUGAUGACGAUAGUGUUAAAGAUCCCAACACUCGAAGGAAGACUGAGACUAGCACCUUAAAAAAUAGGACUGCAAAACCAAAUGAAAGUGGAACUGAAAGCGAAGAUGAUGACGAUAGUAUUAAAGAUCCCAAUUUUGAAAGUUCUUCAAGUUCGAGUAGCUCAAGUUCAGAUUCUUCUUCUUCUUCUUCUUCUUCGUCAUCUGAUGAAGAAAUUGGUCGAGAAGUCUUGAGGGAAAUAGUUGCGACAAGAAACACUGAAGAAGUACAUGAAGACUUGGAAAAUAAUGCUACAAAUGGAAAGAAAUGUAGGAAAAGAUUGCGAAACGAAAAUGAGUGGAACAAAAACAAGAUAAAGAGAUUAAGAAAUUCCGGCAAGGAGUACAUUUCAUCAGCAAAAUCGAAAAGAGUCGUCUCUGCUAAACAAGUAAAAGAGUCUUGUGGUGAAAAAUGCCAACACCAGUGUUCUAAAAAAUUUGACAGGGAACAACGUUUACAACUAUUCAAUGCUUAUUACAGCCUCGAGAAUAUUGAUAGAAAGCGUGAUUUCUUAUCAAAGCAUAUGGAAUUAAUUACACCAAAAUAUCGUUAUGUUAGAGCUGCCAGUAACCGAAGACUCAAUUUUGCUUUUUAUUUCAGAACCUCUGAUGGCAAAAAACUGAGGGUUUGCAAGAAAUUUUUUAAAAAUACUCUUGAUAUAAAUGAUAGGACAGUACUUACAGUGAGAGAUAAAACUUUGCCAUCGGGCGUUGUUAGUGCAGAUGGAAGGGGAAAACAUAAAAACCAUAAAAAAAUAAGCGAUAAUUUGAAGAAUGAUGUCAGAAAUCAUAUUCAAUCAAUUCCAAGAAUUGAAAGCCAUUAUCUGCGGGCACAGACAUCGAGAGAAUUUAUUGAUGGUAGCAAAACCAUUGCUGACCUCUAUAGAGACUACAAACUUGCAUGUGAGGCUGAAGGCAAGGCGACAGUAAAUUAUCACAUGUACGCAGAUAUUUUCAACACAGAAUUUAACAUUUCCUUUUUUAUUCCCAAAAAGGACCAAUGUAGUCUUUGUUUUCAAUACAAUACCGCUGAUGAAGAAGGCAAAGAAAACUUGAAGUUGCAGUAUGAUGAACAUUUAAAGGAAAAAGUAUUAUCGAGAAAGGAUAAGGAAGAAGAUAAAGCCAAAGUAAAUCAAAACUUUAUUGUGGCUUGCUUUGACAUGCAAGCUGUCCUACCAAUUCCUAAGGGGGACAUCUCAAUUUUUUAUUAUAAAUCAAAACUCAACACAAUGAACUUGUCAGUUACUGAAAUUGGGAAUGAUGCAACCUGGUGCUAUGUUUGGCAUGAAGGAGAAGGAGGAAAAGGGGCCACAGAAGUAGGGUCUUGCAUCUUGAAAUACUUAGAAGAAAAAGCAAGCAAAUGCGACAGUGAAGAAUUAGAAAUAGUUCUUUACAGCGACAAUUGUGGAGCACAACAAAAAAAUAGAUACUUGAUAGCACUUCUUAUGUAUGCGGUACAGAAAUAUAAAAUUAAGGCAGUCACCCACAAAUACCUCAUUGUUGGACAUACACAAAACGAGGGAGAUGCCACCCAUUCUGUAAUUGAAAAACAGGUGACCAGAGCAUUAAAAUCAGGACCUAUCUUUGUUCCUGAUCAGUUUGUAAUGUUGAUAAGAGUAGCAAAGAAAAAAGGAUCCCCAUAUUUUGUGAAAGAAUUAUCACACGAUGAUUUUGUCGAUGUGAAGCAGCUUAUGGCUGAUACUGGGAUAAAUUUUAAUGUGAAUACCAAGGGAGAGCAAGUCUUUAUUAGUAACCUUCGAAUUGUGAGAGUUGAGAAAAACCAGCCAUUUCUGUUUUUUUACAAAAUGUCGUAUACAGAAUCGGAGGAAUGGAAAUCGGUGGAUGUUCGUGGAAAUGCAAUGGUGAAAAAAACUACCAGACGAUCAGAAUCUGCAAGCACUCGGUUGAACACCUUGCCAACUCUGAAUAAAGCUUACAAAUCCAAGCUUACAAUUAAUGAAAAUAAGAAAAAAGAUUUGAAAUUUCUAUUGGAAAAAAAUUUUAUACCAAACUAUUACAAAGGCUUUUAUGAAUCAUUAUUUUAGUUAUGUUAGUUGACUGUUGGUUCAAUUACUUAUUCUUUGUUAAUCAAUAACUAAUUGGUAUUAAAUUAGUAGUUAGAAUUCAAGAUUUUAUUUUUUUACGUUUUUUUUAGAAAUUUAUUUGUUUUGUUUCAAGAAAUUUAUAUUAUUUCUCAUAUUAUUUAAGAAAGUAGUAGCAUUUUCU